GCAGACAGCAGCUGCCCAGGGGGGCUGUGGCCUGGCAAACCCAGCCUCUCCCCUCCCAGCGGCCGAGACGCCAGUUCUCCCUUCCACGGUGAGGGACUUGAUGGACCAGGGGAACGGCGACCCCAGCCAGGGUCCCUGAGUCUGGGGCGGCGCGCAGUCCCCUCCUCGGCUGUUGGGGGAACCCUGGUGCCAAAGAUGCACGUGGCCGCCCAUCCGCGUGGGCGUGACAAUGUCCGCGCCUAGUAGCCGUGAGCACGCGUGGGAGUGGGAGCUGGGGCCGCGUGUCCGCUUGGCUCCUUCAGCCUGCUCCCUGCCCGGCAGACAGAGAGGCCCCCCGGGGGUCCAGCAUGGCCUCAGCCGCCUCCGUGAGCAGCCUGGCCGAGGAGGUCAACUGCCCCAUCUGCCAGGCCACGCUGCGUGAGCCGGUCACCAUCGACUGCGGCCACAACUUCUGCCGCGGCUGCCUGGCGCGCUACUGCGAGGGCCGGGGCGCCGAGGUGCCGGGCUGCCCGCUCUGCAAGGAGCCCUUCCGGCCCGGGGCGCUGCGGCCCAACUGGCAGCUGGCCAGCGUGGUGGACAGCAUCGAGCGCCUGUGGCCGGGCGCGGCGCGGGACGAGGCGGAGCAGGAGGAGGAGGCCUGCGCUGAGCACGGCGAGAAGCUCUACUUCUUCUGCGAGGACGACGAGGCGCAGCUGUGCGUGGUGUGCCGCGAGGGGGCGCUGCACGGCGAGCACACGGUGCGCUUCCUGGAGGCAGCAGCGGCGCCCUACCGGGAGCAAAUACGGAAGUGUCUCAUGUGUCUAAGAAGAGAAAGAGAGGAGAUUCAGGAAAUUCAGUCACGAGAAAACAAACGGAUACAGGUCCUGCUGGCUCAGGUGGCCACCAAGAGACAGCAGGUGAUGUCUGAGUUUGCGCAUCUGAGCCAGUUUCUGCAAGAACAGCAGAGCAUCCUUCUAGUGCAACUGGAACAGCUGGACGGGGACAUCCUGAAGCAACAGGAGGAGUUUGAUCACCUGGUUGCCGGGGAGAUCAGCCGGUUCAGCGCCCUGAUUGAAGAGCUGGAGGAGAAGAAUGAGAGGCCAGCGAGGGAGCUCCUGACGGAUAUCAGAAGCACUCUUCUAAGGUGUGAAACCAGAAAGUGCCGGAAACCAGAAGCCGUGUCCCCGGAGCUGGGCCAGCGGAUCCGGGACUUCCCCCGGCGGGCCCUGCCGCUGCAGAGAGAGGUGAAAAGCUUUCUGGAAAAACUCUGUUUUGAAUUGGACUAUGAGCCAGCUCAUGUCUCCCUGGACCCCCAGACCUCCCACCCCAAGCUCCUCCUGUCUGAGGACCACCGGCGGGUUCGAUUCUGCUACAAAUGGCAGAAUUCGCUGGACAGCCCCCAGCGUUUUGACCGGGCCACCUGUGUGCUGGCCCUGCGUGGCUUCACAGGGGGCAGACACACGUGGGUGGUGAGUGUGGACUUGGCCCACGGGGGCAGCUGCACCGUGGGGGUGGCCAACAGGGAGGUGCAGCGCAAGGGGGAGCUGCGCCUGCGACCGGAGGAGGGGGUGUGGGCCGUGCGGCUGGCCUGGGGCUUUGUGUCCGCACUGGGCUCCUUCCCCACCCGGCUGGCCUUGGAGCACCAGCCCAGGCUGCUGCGGGUGUCCCUGGACUACGAGGUGGGCUGGGUGACCUUCUGCAAUGCCGUCACCCAGGAGCACAUCUACACCUUCACCGCCUCCUUCACCCAGGAGGUCUUUCCCUUCUUCGGGGUCUGGGGCCGCGGGUCGGGCUUCUCCCUGAGCUACUGAGAGGGUGCAGCUGGGACUUGAAUUGGGUGCUGUGUGGACUUGACCCCUCGCCACUCACUUGGAAGACUUGGGGUAAAAACAGCUGCUUCAGACACUGUGGGAGCCUUGGCUGGCAAGGGACAAGAUGGCGUGGCCUUCAAUCUGCAGGUCAGAUGCCCAGUGGAGGCCGGGCAUCUGGGCAGCCAGCUGUUGCCCGCUCCUUUCUCCCCCAUCCCCACCACAGGGCCCUGGGCUCUGGGUGAAGUCCCGUCACCAACCAGCGGUGUGCCUCGUGAGCAAGAAACCUGCCUCGCUUCAUCUGUUCUUUGAAGAAGUAGAGCUCACUUGUUCGCAUCCUCAGGAACCAUUUAUUGUGUGUUGAUCAUGAACCAGGCUGUGUGGUAGCCACGGUGAUUUGAGAUAAUGCACAGAGGGCAUCUGGGCUGCACGCAGUGUACAGCCUAGGAACUUGUGGAGGCUCUCGGAGGGAGUCCAUCCACGAGGCUUUUGGGGAGGGGCUGGUGAGGAGAGGAGAAGAAGCCCCUUAGGAGGCAGGCACCGCAGAGAGCAGAGGAGACACUGUGUGACCCAGGGGGCACGGGGUCCCCUCUACCCAACACAACGAACUUCCCUCUUACAGUGUCACCUCUAGCCCAGAGGAGAUGCAGGGUUUGGGGACCGUGUAAGGGGAGGUGUGGCCCUGAGUCUUGCUCAGCCUGGGGAACCCCUCUUCCUGAGCAGCCUAGCGCUAAGUGGGAAUGGAAAAGUGCUGUCUGCUGCAUGCACUGGGUUGGGGUGGAUGGCCUGUGCUCUUCAGUCUAGCAUUGGGACUGCUCUAGGACCAGACAAAAAGUGACAUGUGGUGGGGCGAAGGGGAGACUCGGGAUGGGAGAUGAGCAGACUGGAGUGGAGCGCUCUGCGGAAGACAGGACCCAGGCAGUACCAGGGGAGGCCGUGGUCCUGCUGGGCCUGAGUAACUGGGUAGCCAACAUGUUGCUGCCUAGAAUUUGGAAAAUGAUACCCAUGCUGGAGAGUGGACUUUUCAAUCCUAUGCAUAAUAAAAGCAUUUAUAACUACA